GGCAUAGAAAUCGAGCUCCCAUGUGUAGGAGGAGUCGACUUGGUUUUCUUUUGACGCCAAAAGAAACUAAACUACUCUUAACCGCCAAUAAAUUCGAAAAAAAUAGCCAGUUUUAACCAAAGACAGAAACCGUAUAGAAUAGAUUGAAAUGGCUUCGCUGGACAACAAGUCUCCGCAGGAAAUCAGCGAUCUGCUGGAUGAGUACGGGAUCAAACAUGGACCUGUGGUUGGAACUACCAAGAGUCUGUAUGUGAAGAAGCUGAAGGAAGCCAUGGCCAAGGGGAAGAAAGCUAAACCAUCAUCUGAUAAAACCUAUUAUAGAGAGGAAGAGGAGGAAGUCACUUAUGUUUACAGGACACCAAGCAGAAGUGAGACCUCUGGAGACGGGGGGUCUUACAUGAGAUCCAGACGAGAAUGGGCUGAGGGGGAAUAUGGACAUGACACUUCCUACUCGAGCUACUCAAGUUCAAGGCCUGAAUACAAAGGAAGGGAUUUGGUUGAUGAGCCCUACAUGUACGACACUCCGUCCACCUACAGCAGCAACUCGUACGCCAAACCCAUGAAGUCGGAACCAGAGAAACCAAAGGCACAGAAGUCGUCCCGCCGGAUCCCCCUGUGGCUCCAGUUCGUCUUCUUCCUGCUUCUGGCAGCCUUCCUCUACUUGGUCUUCUCCAACAUGGAGGCAAACGAGGCCAUGAAAGGAAUAGUGUGAUUUUAUUCAAAUUGAUUUGAUGUCGAGGGAUGAGAUACUUUAUUUUACAUCUACAGUUGAUUGAUGUCUUUUGGGGAUUUUAGACUUUGCUGCCUUUGUGGUUGAUGCAAUAUUUGUGCUUUUUUUUUUCUUUGUUUUUUUCUUAUGCUGAAAUUUGUUUGCACCUACCUGCUGUGGCUGUGGCUAGCAAAAAAGAAAAGAGUUUGCACCUUCUGGUCCUCCCUUAUACUUCUAAAACAACUUAAAUCUAAACUGAAGAGUAGAAAACUGCAUGUAAACCACAAGCGGCACCGUUUUAUUAUUAUUAAGCGAAAACUGACACCAAAGUGGGGGGGAAAAAAUGUGAGCUAGACCCCCGUUAAACUUUGGAUUUAAAAGGAAUGUCUUGUUUUUUUUGCAUGACUGUACAGGUAAGGGUAAAAUACAUUCUUGUUCACCAAGUUUCACUACAACACCUCUUUGAGUCAAACUGCAGAACAAACACAAUUUUGUCGAAUACAGGUGGCGGCUCUCUGCUGAUCCUAUAAUUGCUGGGUUGUAUGAUCCUUCAAAGCUCCUGUUGAUCAUUUUGGUCUAAAGGUAGAGCAUAGUAAAUAAAUAUUUUUACCAAUCUUAUGGAUUUAGGGAAAGUAGGGUAAAUAUUGGGUUUUUAAAGUGUAGUUAUGCGAUCUAAAUUGUCAUUUCAGCUCUCGCUUUUUAAAAUAAAAAUAUCGGUUUUGUAAUAAAAGUCAGAAACUUA